AUGAGUGAAAAGAAUGGUGAGAAUUAUGAGAAUAAGAUCGUUAAGUUGGAUGAGUCAGUUAUCAAUAAGAUUGCUGCGGGAGAGAUUAUCAUUCAGCCAGCCAAUGCGUUGAAGGAAAUGCUUGAGAAUUCUAUAGAUGCCAAAUCUACCAUGAUAGAAAUAUUGGUUAAAGAUGGAGGUAUGAAAUUAUUACAAAUUACUGAUAAUGGUCAUGGGAUCAACAAAGUUGAUCUUGGAUUAUUAUGUGAAAGAUUUGCUACUUCCAAAAUAUCGAAAUUUGAAGAUCUUGAGAAUAUUGCUACAUAUGGGUUUAGAGGUGAAGCAUUAGCCAGUAUAUCUCAUAUAUCGCGUUUAUCAGUUGUAACUAAGACAUCAGAAUCUCCGUUGGCGUAUAAAGCGUAUUACGUAAAUGGGAAAAUGUGUAAUGCGAACUUUAAAGAGUCAGGUGAUAGCUCCAUUGAGCCUAAACCCAUUGCUGGUAAGGAUGGAACUCAGAUUGUAGUAGAAGAUUUAUUUUAUAAUAUUCCUUCACGUUUAAAGGCAUUGAAAUCUAAAAGUGAUGAAUUUGGUAAGAUUUUGGAUGUUAUAGGAAGAUAUGCUAUUCAUACUGGUCAUGUGGGGUUUAGUUGUAAGAAAUAUGGUGAGUCACUUCAAGUAUUAUCAACUAGACCUGGUGUACCAAUAAGAGAAAGAAUACGAACAGUAUAUGGUACAUCAAUUGCUAGUGAAUUACUUGAUAUUGAAUUAGACGGUUCAUUAGCAUAUAAUAAAGAUAAACAUAAUGGGAAUGAGAAUGAGAAUGAGAAUGAAUCGAUAUGUCAUACGCUUGGUUUGAUUAAAGUAUCUGGAGUGAUUACUAAUGCCAAUUACAAUAAUAAGAAACGAGUACAACCAAUCUUCUUUAUAAACCAUCGAUUAGUGCUGUGUGAUCCAUUAAAGAGAGCAAUAAAUUCUGUAUAUCAAUUUUUUCUUCCCAAGGGUAAUUAUCCAUUUAUGUAUCUUAGUUUGGAAAUUGAUCCUAAGAAUUUAGAUGUAAAUAUUCAUCCAACUAAGAGGGAAGUUCGAUUUUUAAAUGAGGAUGAGAUUAUCGAGCUUAUUGUGGAUAAGGUUCAUUCUAUUUUAUCGAGUGUUGACACGUCUAGAAAAUUUAAAACUCAAUCCAUAUUAAGUAAAAGGACCCUGGAGGAGGAGAAUGUGUCGCCAAUAGUAAAGAAAUAUAGACAAGAGAAUAAGUUGGUACGAGUCGACUCCCAACAGAGUAAAAUAAGUCUGUUUCUAGUGCAGGACAUAAGUUUGCAACCGAAACUGAAUAAGUCGAAACUUCCUGUUAUAGAAGAUAACAGUGAACAAAAAGAUAGAGAAGAGGUGGACGUUGAAGUUGAUGAUGAGAUAGAGGUAGAGGAAGUUGAAGAUUCAGAAGUGACCAAUAGACGACGAACCACAGUAAAUCUUAAAAGUAUUCAAGAUAUUAAAGCCGACUUAAACCAAUUGGUUGAUAAGCCUCUUAGCAAUGUAUUCAACAAUGCUGUCUACGUUGGAAUAGUUGAUGAAGCUAAACGUCUUUGCUGUUUCCAAUAUGAUGUUAAGUUAUUUUUAUGUGACUACUCUUCGCUACUUACAGAGUUUUACUUUCAGCUUGCGUUAACUGAAUUUUGCAAUUACGGAGAUAUUCGACUUUCUGAACCUAUCUUACUUGAAGAUAUUUUAGCACCGUUGUAUACUGGGGACGCUACAAUGUCAACCAGUCUCACCAGUAUCAGUGAGAUAAUAUCUACCGUAUACAACAUGUCCGAUAUGUUUGAAGAAUAUUUCCGAUUAAUUAUCAAGAAUAAUGAUCAAGGUAAGCCAAUGUUGAUAUCAUUACCGAUGAUACAUCAAGAUAUACAGGUUUGUAUGACCAAAUUGCCAUACUUUAUUUAUAGACUAGGCAAAAGAGUUGACUAUAGUGAUGAGAAGGAGUGUCUACAAGGUAUAAUGAGACAAAUUUCUCUCCUCUAUAUACCUGAGCCCAUAACUAGUGGAGACAAUGAAGCUAGAGGUCAAUUAGAUCAUCUAUUGGAACAUACCGUAUUUCCAGAUAUUCGUAAGCGAUUUCUCGCUCCUAAGACAUUAGGACGGGAUGUAGUACAAAUAGCCGAUUUGCCAGGUCUCUACCGAGUAUUUGAGAGAUGUUAA